UAUCAAGUCACAUUUGCAUGUGUAAGCACACGCUCAUCCACUCCAGACACAAACAAUGGGGAAGUCGUUUAAGAAACUGUCUGCCCCAGCAAAAAAACACUUAAAACCGGCAUUUGUCACGUUGUUUUGAGCAGAGCCUCGUAUCUCUGUCUUUCUCUGGCUCAACAGUGACUCUGCUCAAGGCUGCCGAUCUGUCCUCAACCAGGUGACAGACAUGGGGCUCUGCUCUUUAACACAUCAAAUCGAUGCUUUAAACAUCCUUAAUGAAAUGCGAGCUCAUGCGACGACCAGUAAUAGAGAUGGCGAGGACCAGCGUUCAGGUGCUUUACCAACCGGUAAAGAAGCUGUUCGCCCGGGCGAUUUGAUGAAGGAGCCCCGCAGGCUGAGAACGAUUGCGGAGAGAGCCAGAGAGAACUGCCUAACGCGACUGCUGGAGAUACUCACGCAACUCAUAUCUAUAGAGGAAGAUUUUAUAAAAAAUCCGUCUUACGGAAAGAGUUCGCUCAAGCGCAAGGACAGUGUUGACUUGAAGAACAUAUGCUUGAGAAUGGCUAUUGCCGAAGGUGGUUCUCGCUCGGACAGAGACUUGAGGGAACUCCGAGACUGUCUUCGACUUAUCGUGGGUAACCUACUUGCAUACGUACGAGAGGAAAACAAUCUCUCAGAUGUCGAGACAACUCACAAACUGAGGGAGCUUUCAAACUCUUUCCCAGAAAUCUGAAGAUCUGUAGAUUUCACUUUGUGUAUUCCACGGAGCUACCUCAGGAGAGAUGAAGCAGAUCUGAGUUAGGACACUACUUUUUUUUUUCUCAGGAAAGAAACAAGCCAUGAACUAUCUCUGAAUCAUCUGUAAAUGUGAUAAGUAUAUUGAUGCUUCAGUGUUAAGAAGUGUUUUGCCAUGAUAGCUGUCUAUAGGGUUGGCUUCGUAUUUAUUGCUUUGCAUGAGUCAGUACUCAAACCUAAAAACAGCAUUCUCUUGACACAUACCAGUAUCAUGGGUUGUGCACAGCUGACUGUACAGGUAAAACGAGUCUAACAGCUGAUGGUGCUGAAUCCACUCUCAGCUCAGCGGGUGGGAUGGCUGUCACGCCUCAGGAUGGGCUGGUGUGGCUGCCUUUGUCACCUGCUAAAAAACAAAGUUAAGGAGUGAAUUGGGUGGGGGAGGGUGUGCGAAAAUAUGCAUUAGUAUAUGUGUAUUCCAAUGUUAUGACAUCAUAGUGUAACUGUGUUCCGAAUAAAAACAUUUUCAGUGUUACAACAAACACAAUCCCGAAUAUUUGAUUAUGUAUUUAAGUUUGGCUCGUUGAUGUUGGUUUGAGCAUUUAGAAAUCAAUGUAAGCGUUUGAAGUGUGCAAAUGAUAAUGUAGCAUGUGUAGAAUCCUGUCUUGUCACUAGAUGGUGCACAAAACCAGCUUUUUACUAAUGUAAAAUCCUUGUGCUCCACUCUCUGAAGACAUUUCAAGUGUUUUUUGGGUCUAAUGUGAAUUAACAAGGAUGCUGUGGCCCAAAAUUUAUUGGGAAAUUACAUAUCAAACAAAAUACAUACAGAACAAAGUGGUAUUUAUUUUAAAGAAAGAAAUGUUUCCCAAAUGUAAAAUUGUUAGUUUUGA